UCUUUGUGUUGUUUUUGUUACUCGCAAUGAAAAAUGAUACAUUUGAUUAUAAUAAUACUGUGUUUUCAAUCGACAAUUUUUUGUAUUGAAUAUGCACCAAUUAUUCAAACAGAUCGUGGUAAUGUUCGUGGUUUUAUAACGAAACUUACGGAUAAUUCUUCGAUCUUUGUUUAUCAAGGAAUUCGUUAUGGACAAGCAAAAAGAUUUGAAAAAUCUACAUUUUUACAAAAUCAUUGGAAUGAUACAUAUGAUGCUAUUGAAUUUCGUAGUGUUUGUCCACAACAAGGCAAUUAUACAAUCAUUACUGGUUUGGAUAAUUCACCAGAAAAUUCUCAACCAACAAUGAGUGAAGAUUGUCUUUAUCUAAGUAUAUAUCGACCGGAAAAAAUAUCAAACAAUAAACGAAUACCAGUUAUGGUUUGGAUACAUGGUGGUGCAUUUAUUGUUGGUUCAAUAUUUGAUGAUAUUUAUAAUCCAAGCUAUAUGGUUUCAAUGGGUAAAGUUAUUGUUGUUACAAUUAAUUAUCGUCUUGGUGCAUUUGGUUUUCUUUAUGCUGGUACGGAUGAUUCCCCUGGAAAUCAAGGAUUACAUGAUCAAAUUUUAGCACUUAAAUGGGUACAGAAUAAUAUUGGUCAUUUUGGUGGUGAUCCAAACAUGGUUACAGUAUUUGGUGAAUCAGCAGGUGCAUUAUCUGUAUCGGCAUUAAUUCUUUCACCAUUAGCCAAUGGUUUAUUUCAUCGUGCAAUCAUUCAAUCCGGUGCAAUUCUUUCCUAUUAUGGAUCAUGGAAUAAAAAUCUAGCCAUGCAAAAAACAUUAGAUUUUGCUCAUCGUUUACAUUGUUAUCAGCCAAAUAUUUUGGAUUGUCUUCGUAAUCGUACAAUCAAUCAGAUUUUAAAUGUUUAUAAUGAUGAAAUGACAUUUUCACGUUUAAUGAUACCGAUUUUUGGUGAUGAUUUAUUACCUAUUUCACCAAAUGAAGCAUUAAAAGUAGCCAAUAAUCAAGUAGAUUUAAUGUUUGGCGUAACAAAAAAUGAAGCAGCCGGUUUUAUUGUACAAUAUAUUCCCGAAGUAGAAGCUAAUGAUAUUUCAUUAUCGAUGACAAAAAUGGCCAUACGAUUAUUAGUUAUGGCAUUUCAAGAAUCUAAACAAACAGCUGAAAAAGUGGUAGAAUUUUAUUCAAAAAAUCUAAACAAAUCAACAAAUCAAAAUGAUUUAAGAUUAACUAUAGCCGAUAUACUUGGUGAUUAUCAAAAUGUUUGUCCAACAAUUUUAUUUGGUGAAUAUUAUGCACGAGCAAUGAAACCGUUUACGAAACAUUUCUAUUCAUAUCGAUUAAUGUUACCAUUAUCAAAUGGUCCAUGGAGUUGUCAAAAAUGGCAAGGUGUUUGUCAUGUACAAGAUGUUAUCUAUCUUUUUUAUGUUCCAUUGAAUCAUCAUUUAUAUACAAAACAAGAAAUUAAAUUAAGUAAUGAUAUGAUAAAAGCAUGGACUUUAUUUGCUAAAAAUGGUAAUCCUGGUUCGUUGACAACAAUAUCCAAACCAAAUCAACCGAUUGAAUGGAAAAUGGCUAUGACCAACAGUAAUUAUACCAAUGAUGAUUAUGUUUCAUUUAUGUCAUUAGAUCCAAAUAAUUAUCAAAUGAUUGAAAAUUAUUUUGAAGAAAAAUGUGAUAAAUUUUGGAAACCAUACAUUUUUAAAUGAAAAAAAUAUAUUUAUAUUUUAAAUCACCAACAGAUGGCGUAAUCAUGCAAUUUUUUUGAAAAAAUUCAAUUUGA